CACAACGCGACGGGAGUGGGAAUUUAGGUUGCUGCCAUGGAGUCGGGGGCUAGCCUCCAGAAAGGCAGCAGCGACGGAUAUAGCUCUGAGGCGGCGGCUGGUUCCCAGGAGCAGCCGCUGGUGUCCGUGUCAGCCGUGUUGCCUGCCGGAGGAACCGGGGAGCGUAUGGGCGGCGGCACUCCGAAGCAGUUUUGCAGGAUUCUGGGGAGACCGCUCAUUAGCUACACUGUGCAGGCUCUGGAAAGAAUCAGUUGGAUAUCUCAUAUUAUUGUGGUGGUAUCUAUAGAGAAUGUUGAAAUAAUGAAGUCUAUCGUAAAACAGUAUGGCCACAAACGAACAAUAAUAGCUGAAGGUGGAACAAGUCGUCAUAGAUCAAUCUUCAGUGGACUGAAAAUGUUUGUAAAAAAUUCCCUGAUCCAGAAACCAGAAGUAGUCAUUAUUCAUGAUGCUGUGAGACCAUUUGUUGAGAAGGAUAUUAUUUUUAAAGUGGUUAUGGCUGCCAAAGAAUAUGGGGCAGCAGGAGCAAUCCGUCCUCUCGUCUCCACUGUUAUUGCUUCCUCUCCAGACGGAUGUUUAGACCAUUCACUAGAUCGUGCCAAGUACAGAGCCAGUGAAAUGCCUCAAGCUUUCUUAUUUGAUAUAAUCCAUCAAGCAUAUCAUCAGUGUAAUGACUAUGACUUGGAUUAUGGAACAGAAUGUUUGCAUCUGGCUCUGAAAUACAGCAAAACAAAUGCUAAACUUAUUGAAGGCCCUCCAGACCUAUGGAAGGUGACCUACAAGCAGGAUCUGUAUGCAGCUGAAUCUUUAAUUAAGGAGAUUAUAUCACAACAAGUUUGUGUUAUCACUGAUAUGAAUGAAAAUGCUGUGCAGACAGGAUUUCUUCUUCAUGAAACGUUGAAGAGUCAUGUGAAACUGGUGAAAAGUUUAUCAUUGAUCCUAUGUAAAGAUAGUAACCAUCUGCAAAAUAUCUUACUAGGGCAGUGUUACAACUUUAUUUGCAUCAGCGAUAUAUUGUCCAACUUUCAAGAAACUCAACAGCUAGUGAAAAUACUUGAAAAAACAAAUGCUUCUGUUUUAUCCUCUAUCGUUCUAAUUUCGGUACACAUGGAUGACUUAGAAAAUGCAGCAUUCAGCAGUGAAAUGCACAGUUUUGUUGAACUUGCAAAGGAAGUGAAAAAGAAAAAUAUUUUCCUUUAUGGUCUCAUUAUACACUACCAACAGGACAAUUUGAAACUUCAAGAGACUGCUGAGACUGCUGCUACACUUAUCACAGCAUUAAUUAGAGACAGAAAUCCUGCCUUUGUUGGCCAGCUUCUAGUAGCAUGAGAAAGAAAAGCUCAAUUCUUUGCCAAAAUUUCAAGCAGGCAUUCUAAAAUCUUUUGCUAAUUAGUGAAAACAUGGAAUGUUUAAAAUUGCAAUUACAAUCUAGUACCAGUGUUUUCAGAACAUCAUUGGAUGUUUAAGAGAGAGGUUUUAUGCAAAACAGAAGUUAUUGUAAGGUGUAUUUUGCUUUGUUGAACAUGCCCUGACUGCCUUUGGACAGAGAGUGUAGCUAAAAAUAUGAUCGUAUGUUCAAAGCUGGUAUCACCACACAGUUAUUUAUUUCAAAAUGGAUAAGGGCAUGGUCUAGUGAAGCACUUUAAGUCAUGUUUCUUCCCAGUAACAGAGGUUCAUUUUCAGAAUGCGCAGGCCAGCCAAUCAGUAGGUUUGUAGCUAAAAAUUCCUUUGGGGGCAUCUACCCCCUUCCCUGAGCGCAUGUGCAACUUAUUUGCUACUGAAACAGCCCACACCCUGGGAGGAGCGAUGCCCUCGACCCUCAGUUCCCUUUUUGCCACUAGUCAGAGAGGUUCUUUGUAGUGCCUUUCAUCAGAUUCCUUCUCCACCUGGACAAAUGGGAGAGAGACAGUCAGAAUGGCUGAAAAGGACAUUUAAAAUGUGCA